CAAGACAACAGCUGGAUUAUAUUUCUUCUCAUCAUGGCAGCGAUUUUCUGGAUCUAUCGACUUAUUAAGGUCUUUUGCAAUGUCCUGAGCUACUGGGAGAUCAGGCAGUUCUAUAUCAAAGCACUGAAGAUCAGAAUGGAUGAACUAUGCAACUUCACAUGGCAGGAAGUCCAGGACAGGCUCAUCAGCUUGCAACGAGAGCAGCAGAUGUGCAUACACAAGAAGGAGCUGACAGAAUUGGACAUCUACCACCGCAUCCUGCGAUUCAAGAACUACAUGGUGGCAAUGAUAAACAAAUCACUGCUGCCAGUGCAGCUCCAGCUCCCCCUGCUGGGCAAUGUGGUGUUCCUCACCCAGGGCCUGAAGUACAACUUUGAGCUCAUCCUCUUCUGGGGUCCUGGCUCUCUGUUUCAGAACAAGUGGAACCUGCACCCAAAGUACAAGCGGAACGGGAACCGUCUAGAGCUCGCCCAGCAGCUUAGCAGAGUCAUUCUCCUGAUGGGUUUGGCCAAUUUGCUGCUGUGCCCCUUCAUCUUAGUGUGGCAGGUGCUUUACGCUUUCUUCAGCUAUACAGAAGUCAUCCGCAGGGAACCUGGAAGCCUGGGUGCACGACGCUGGUCCCUGUACGGUCGCUUAUACCUGCGUCACUUCAACGAGCUGGAUCAUGAGCUGCAUGGACGCCUGGGUCGUGGUUACAAACCCACUUCCAAAUACAUGAACUCCUUCACAUCACCACUACUGACUGUAUUUGCAAAGAACGUGGCCUUCUUCUCAGGCUCAGUGUUGGCUGUUCUCAUUGCACUGACAGUCUAUGAUGAGGACAUUCUGACAGUGCAGCACAUUCUUACCGCUAUCACAGUGCUCGGGGUGGUUAUCACUAUCACCAGGUGA